GCAUCUUCAUUCACAUUCAUCCUAGCCAUUCGAGACAUUCUCAUAUUCAUCAAAAUGCCGUCGUUUACUCAGAAUUUAAUGGGCGGUUCUCUCGGGGGUAAAGGCUCUGACCUCCCAUCCGCAGAGGUCAAAGCCGCCAUCGACGCAUGUGCUUCAGGCCUGAGACUCAUCAGCAAGACCAUCCAUGACAACCCUGAGCUUGGCUACAAAGAGUUCACGGCCCACAAGAUCAUCACCGACUUUCUCGAGAAACAGGGCUUUGCCGUGACUCGACAUGCCUACGGCCUCGAGACUUCUUUCGAGGCCGAGUACGGAUCUGGCGGCCGUCUCGUCGUCUUUUGCGCCGAAAUCGAUGCUCUGCCCGAGAUUGGCCAUGCGUGCGGCCACAAUCUUAUCGCAACCUCGUCCAUUGCCGGAUUCGUCGGCUUGGUCGGCGCAAUCAAGGCAUCUCCCAUCAAAGGACGCGUCCGCAUCCUCGGCACUCCCGCAGAAGAGGGUGGCGCAGGAAAAGUCAAGCUUUUGGAGGCCGGCGCCUUCAAUAAUGUCGACAGCGCCAUCAUGAUGCAUCCGACAUCUGAUCAUGCCUUUCCCGAAGGCAUCAGAGCGCUGGCGGGCGUCAAGUUCAUCGCAAGCUUGAAGCUCAAGGUUGAGUUCCGGGGUCACACGGCACACGCUGGUGGAGAGCCGUGGAAGGGACUCAAUGCUUUGGAUGCAGCUGUCUCAUCGUACACCAACAUUUCCAUGCUGAGACAACAGGUGCGGCCGGAUGAGCGCAUCCACGGAGUGAUUGAAGACGGAGGAACGGUUCCAAACGUCAUCCCCGAGUACUCGAGGGUCAACUACUACAUCCGCAGUCCCACCAUCAAGGGCGGAAGAGAGCUGCUUGAUCGAGUCAAGAACUGCUUCGAAGCAGCAGCCAAGGCGACAGGAUGCGAGCUGAACUACAUCGAGGCACCCGCUUACACAGAGCUCCGCAUCAACAACACUCUGAGCUACGAGUUUGCCAAGAUCAUGGGCACUCUGGGCGAGAAGGUGAUCCCAAGAAGUGACGACCCCUUCACCUUUUCCACAGACAUGGGCAACGUCUCCUUCGCGGUGCCCUCAUUCCACGGAGCCUUCGGAAUCCCCGCGCCCAAGGAUGCGAUGCCUCACCAGGCCAAGUUUGCCCAAGCGUCGGGGACAGAGGUCGCUGUCGAUGUGGCCCUCUCUUGCGCCCACGGCAUGGCUUUGCUGGGAUGGAGGGUGUUGACGGACGAUGAGUUCGCGGCGGGGGCUUGGAAGGACUUUAACACUCCGGAUUACCCUGACCAGGAGAUAAUAACCCGGGCGUGA